GACUCUGCGCCCUCCCGGACUCCUCCCAGUGCGGGGUCUGUGGGUCCAUGGGAGAUGCGGCUGCCUUGGUGGCAGUUGCCAGAACGCAGUCGCCUCUUUGCCCACUUCUCUGUCUUAGCACUGGGGUGGUGGAACGCUCUGGAAUCCAGCAAUGCAGCCGGGACCAGCGCUGCAGGCCGUGUUGCUGGCUGUGCUGCUGGCAGAACCGCGGGGUUCGAAGGGUCGCCUGCUGAGCGCCUCGGACUUGGACCCCAGAGGAGGGCAGCUGGUCUGCUGGGGAGGGACUCGGAGGCCAUGCUACAAAGUCAUUUACUUUCCUGAGGCUUUUCAAAGACUGAACUUUGAGGAAGCCAAAGAAGCCUGCAGGAGAGAUGGGGGACAGCUAGUCAGUAUCGAAACAGAAGAUGAGCAGAGACUGAUAGAAAAGUUCAUUGAAAACCUCCUGGCAUCUGAUGGUGAUUUCUGGAUCGGCCUCAGGAGGCUGGAGAAGCAGGGCAACAACACAGCCUGCCAAGACCUUUAUGCUUGGACAGAUGGAAGCAGAUCACAAUUUAGGAACUGGUAUGUGGAUGAGCCGUCCUGUGACAGCGAGGUCUGCGUGGUCAUGUACCAUCAGCCAUCGGCACCACCCGGCAUCGGGGGCUCAUACAUGUUCCAAUGGAAUGAUGACCGGUGCAACAUGAAGAACAAUUUCAUUUGCAAAUAUGCUGAUGAGAAACCAAGUACAACACCUUCUAUAAGGCCUGGAGGUGAAGCAACUGAGCCAGCAACACCAGCACUUCCAGAAGAAACACAGAAAGAAGACACCAAAGAAACAUUUAAAGAAAGCAGAGAGGCUGCUUUGAAUCUUGCCUACAUCCUAAUCCCCAGCAUUCCCCUUUUCCUCCUACUGGUGGUCACUUCAGCUGCGUGUUGGAUUUGGAUCUGUAGGAGGAGGAAACGAGAGCAGCCAGACCCUACCACAAAGGAGCAACACACCAUUUGGCCCACUCCUCACCGAGAAAACAGCCCCAACCUAGAUGUUUACAAUGUCAUCAGAAAACAAAGUGAAGCCGAUUUAGCUGAGCCCCGACCAGACCUGAAGAACAGCUCAUUUCGGGUGUGUUCUGGUGAAGCCACUCCUGACGAUGACGAUGUAACUUGUGACUACGAUAACAUGGCUGUGAACCCUUCAGAAAGUGGGUUUAUGACUCUGGCAAGUAUGGAGAGUGGAUUUGUGACCAAUGACAUUUAUGAGUUCUCCCCUGACAGAAUGGGGAGGAGCAAGGAGAGUGGCUGGGUAGAAAAUGAAAUAUAUUACUGAGACAUAUGGGAAAAACUGGCAAAAAUGAGAAAAGAGAAGCAAAAGCGUCCUAUUUCUCACAAGGAAAAUGUUCAGAAAGUUGAUGAAAAUGCUCAGAUCGGGUCUUGGGAUAAACACAGCAGCUCCACAAGUUCCUACUGGGUCCCCAAGUUCGGGUUGUAACCCUUAUUCCAGGGCCUCACCCAGCUCAGCCUGUGAGAAGGCACCUUGCCCCGGGGCUGCCAUACAGCAGACCCUCAGCACCCAUCAGCCAGUGGGUUUCAACAGAUCGUCAAGGGCUCAUGCUUUCAGUGGUCAGGAUGGAGGUGUGACCGAGGAGCUUAGAAAGCCCACCUCUAGGUUCUGUUCUCCUUGCUCUCUACACCAGCAGCACAUGUAAUCAUAAAAAGGCAGAAACUGGGGGAUCGUCUCAAGGCCUGGAUAUGGAAGCCCCAAGCUGAUCUGCACAUCAACAAUUCUCAUAUCUGCCCCCCACCCCACAUAAAAUCCGAUAAAAAGCAGGAAGCAGAAUGUUAGUCAGUGUGUGUCUACAGUCCUUCCUCUGCAUGUAGCCUCAGGGGACUUUUUUUUUUAUUCUUCUGACAUCUAAACUUGGAAAAACCCAACUUGGAAAUCCUUUAGUAAGUAAAAAUGAAGUCUGUGUUUGCUUCAGCAUUCCUUGUUCUCCUGGCUCAGACAGUCUGCGUUGUCUGGGGAUGGGGGGAGGGCAGCACUGGAGACUGACUGUGUAGGCAGAAAGACUGGUGAAAGAAGCAGACACACUAAAGAGAAGAGGCAGGCUCCUCACCACAGAGAAGGCAGUCACAGGCAUCACAGGGAGAAAGCUGGAAUAGACCCUAUUGUGUUCGACUCAAAGAGAAAACAGUGGUGUCCUUUGGGGCUUUCCAUACGGGAAUACAUACAGAUACACAUAUAUUCUCCACUAAAGUGAGCCAGGACUCCAUGAAAUUGGGCAACUCCAGGACAGAUGCAGAAAAAACUAAGAAUUACUUGAGUAAUGAAAAGUACCCCAACAUAGGUAGAAUUAACAGGCCUGUUGUUCUACAGGAAGAGCAGUGGCCUGCACAACACAAUAGCUUAUCACAUAUUGAUAAAUAACUACAAGAGAGUUCAAGGGCAGCAAACACAAAGUCAUGAUAAGGAUAUGAGGCUAUGUAUUGCCCUGGUUAGUCAGUACACAUUGUAUGUAUGCCGAUAAGUCACACUACUGUUAAAAUUUUUAUAUUUAAAGAGAUUGGGAAUGAGAGUGGUCAUUUGGAAAACUACACCAUCACCAAGGAAGAAUGAGUGGAAAUCUGCAGAUUACAGAAUUCAGUUUACAAUGGCCCACCUCUGGUAACAUGUGGGAUAAUCUGAAUAUCAAAAUCACUACCAGUUAAAGCAACAAGAGAGUGUGACCAACUUACUUUCAUGAGGAACAGGAUAUUUACAUGAUUUCAAGUCCCUCACCCACAAAAUCAUUAAUUACAAAAGCGACACAACGGGUAAACCCCACCUCCGUUAAUUGAUCAAUGUGAACUUGUCAAUAAUGCAGUGUGCCGAGAGUAGAGACCGCACUGUGUGCAGUGAGAAUGCAGCAUCGCAUCUGUGCUUUCCAGUCUAAGUGGACAAGCUGAUCAUAAGGAAGCCUUACUCACAAACAAGUUAAUAGACAACCUGCAAAGUAACUGGACUGCAAACUUGAAGCCGGAUGAUAGUGAAAGCAAAAGCAAGACGGGAAGCUGCAGUUAGAGGGCAGUGAGAGAGGAGACAGCUCAAAGCACUGCUUGAUUCUAAAACAGAUCCCUUUCUUCCCUGCAAAGAAAAAUAUGAGAACACACUUGCAUGAAGUCGGAGGAUUAAACGGCAAUCAUGUAUUAGUGCUAAUUUCCUGAUUUUUAUGCUGCACUGAGGAUAUGUCCUGACAGGGGGAAUGUCAAUGUCGAAAAUUAAAGUAAUAAAGGAUGAAGGACCACAGGUUGACAACUCUCUCAUGUGCUUUGGGGUGGAGGAAUGCACUGUGCACUGUACUUGCUGUCUUCCCUUAGUUAGAAAUUAUUUAAGGAAAAGCACUUACGAGUGUCAGCACCAUCGUUAUUGAUUACAUUAGUUCCAUGGUGCCAUCCAUGUAUCUGAGCUCAGCACACAUGCUGUGGCUCAGAGCACCUAACAGUCUUUGAUCCAAGACAAAAACAAAUGAAGUUCUGACAGCCAUCAUCAGAACCCAGGUUCUGGCCCAUCGCAGAGAUGGCCCUCCUUAAAGGCAGCAGGGAGCUGUAAUGAAGCACCUUGACCCACCCCGCCAAUUUAGA